AUGGACGAACAAUGGCAAACGGAUCUGUGUGACAUGCAGGCGUUACGCUCGUACAAUGACGGGUACAACUACUUACUCACCGUGAUUGACGUGUUGAGCAAGUACGCGUGGGUGGUCCCUCUCAAGGACAAGACGGGCAAACGGCUCGUCGAGGCGUUUGAGUCGAUUUUCGAGGGUGGACGCCAGCCAGAAAAACUUCAAACGGACGAUGGCACCGAGUUCAAGAAUCGAAUCUUCCAGCCGUUUCUCAAAUCCAAGAGGAUCCAACACUUUUCCACGCGAAGUGAAUUGAAAGCUUCUGUGGUCGAACGAUUCAAUCGCACUCUCACGACCUUGGUUUACGCACAAGGAGACACGCCGUUACGUGGACAUGUUACCGCAAUUGGUGCACAAUUACAAUCACUCGUACCAUCGUAG